UUAGAGGGUGAGCCUGUCCUUGCUGAUCUGAGCUCUGCACGCCACGGGGACCCACGUCUUCCUGAAGCAUCUCCAGGACCCGGGUGACACUGUCCAUGGCUGCUGAUGUGACAACCCUGUGACGGGAAGGACCGGCCUCCAAGUAACCACCACCUGUGUGUCUGUCUGUCCAUUCCGCUGGCCCCGUGGCCUCCUCCAUCUGCUCAGCUGAAGCCUCUGGGAGAAGAUGCCAUGACUCCCACCCUCAGAGCCCUGCUCUGCCUUGGGCUGAGUGUGGGCCUCAGGACCCCAGUGCAGGCAGGGCAGCUCCCCAAGCCCAUCCCCUGGGCUGAGCCAGGCCCUGUGAUCCCCCGCGGGAGCGCCGUGACCAUCUGGUGUGAGGGGUCCCCAGGGGCUGAGGAGUACCGUCUGGAGAAAGAGGGAAGCCCAGCACCAUGGAAAACACAGGAGCCAUGGGAGCCCGGGGACAAGGCCAAGUUCUCCAUCACACACAUGACAGAGUAUGAUGCAGGGACAUAUCACUGUUCCUAUCGCAGCCCCACUGGCUGGUCAGAUCGCAGUGACGCCCUGGAGCUGGUGGUGACAGGAUUUUACAGCAAACCCAGCCUCUCAGCCCUGCCCAGCCCUGUCGUGACCUCAGGAGGGAACGUGACCCUCCGGUGUGGCUCACGGCAGGGAUUUCACAGGUUCAUUCUGACUAAGGAAGGAGAUCACAGGGUCUCCUGGACCCAGGACUCACAGCGACAGCCCAGUGGUCAGUACCAGGCCCUGUUCCCUGUGGGUCCUGUGACCCCCAUUCACAGGUGGACGUUCAGAUGCUAUGGCUGUUCCAGGUACAAUCCCCAGGUGUGGUCACACCCCAGUGACCCCCUAGAGCUCCUGGUCUCAGGAGCAGCCGACACCAUCAGCCCCUCACAGAACAACUCAGACCCCAAGAGUGCCUCCCACUUCCAAGACUACACUGUGGAGAAUUCCAUCCGGUUGGGCAUGGCUGGAUUGGUCCUGGUGGCGCUUGGGGUGCUGCUAAUUUGGUCUCAAAAGAGCCAGAGAAGGACCCAGGAAGCAGCCUGGAUAUGAACAUGGAGGGAAAAUGCAUGGUCAGAGAGGGGGAUCUGGGAAUGUUCUGCAAGAUAACGUGGGACAUAUGCUGAGGGACCUGUCUGCAGCUCCUUGAAGGUGGAGGAGUCAUCACUCAUGUGCAGGGACAAGGUCUGGACCUUCUGCCCUUGGACUGUGGUCCUUUCCCUCCCAACCCCUUUGAGUCCUGUGUUUGGUUCCUGACUUUCCCCAUUUUGGUGAAAUUAGUAUUUAUCCCACAUGGCAAAUAUUAGGUCACACCUCCCUACACUUGCAUGGAAUAUGUUUUCAUUUAUUUCUAACCACACAGACCUUGAUGUCUGCACAGAGUCCCCAUCUCCUGAGACCAGAGCAUGCCGUCUAUUGGAAUCAAUCUACAAGGUGCACAACCCAUCCUGCUAGAGAUGAACCCACAGGAGGUCCUAAUGGCCUCUAUGGACUCCACACGCCCCUCACCUGGCCUUGAGGCCACCUGUGAUCUUUCUGCAGCAACCUCACCCCUUGGAUGGAGACUUGGUUGUUUGAAGGGGACGCCCGGUCUGUGCUGCCUCUGAAAAUCACAUUGUCCAAAAUAUAGUGCAAGACACAGAUGAUGGGUUACAGAUGUACAGACUUGAAACCUAUGUCCUGCUAUUCACUGAUGGCACCUCAAUAAAUUUAAUAUAAAAAUAUCACUGAUUCCUGUCAUUUGCCAAUUUCUCUGGUGUAUAUGCCCCCUUCACGGCCAAUGUCAAGUGCCCAUGUAAGGUCCUCACGCAGACUUGGGAGGUGAUGCACAAACUGACUUUCAUAAAACAGUACGAGCCAAUGUUGGACACCAUUAACACUACACUGAUAACCCCACAGUGCUCCUAAGUCCCCUUCUAGUUGAUGUGUAAUGAUGGUUUCUACUUCAAGGUUGGGGCACAGUUUCCAUGAAGCACAGUUUCCAUGAAAACACAAGACCACACUCCCAACCUAUCCAGAUGAGGUGCACAAAGGAAUGCUUUGAUAUCGCUUGUGGGAAAGAUGAAUAAUUUGUACAUAUUAGACCAGGCAUUUGCUCUUAUAAAAAAUUUUUUCACUCAUUUCAAUGAUCUAAUAAAUGUUCAAUUGAGUCUCCAAUUAUGUACAGACUUUAUGUAUUUCAAGGACAUGUGACGAGUGUCUGUUUAAUAUAGUAUUUUAAAAACUAAAAUGAAUUUUAUGAUACACUAUUGCAUCAUAUUGUUGAAUAUUUAUAUAGCAAUUAGCUAAUUUUAUUAAAUGAUGACAACACAUUCUUUAUUCAUACAACAUACCCUUUAAUGAUUUGGGAUAAGAGUGUAUGACUGCAUAUAUUUGGUUUUAUUGGCAUGUGUCCUUUGAUCUAAGCCUUGAGCCAGUCCAUUAAUCUUUUAAUGUUUGGUCAUAACUUAAAACAUUUUCAGUGUUACCACCUUUUAUUUAAGUGGAGUUUUUUGU